ACCCGAUGGAGGUCAACGCUGAUGACUUCUUCAAGGCAGCCAACCUCGACAAGCCUAGGGUGACCAACAAGGUUGGAUCCAACGUCACUUUGAUCAACGUCAUGCAGAUUGCUGGACUCAACACCCUCGGCAUCUCAAUUGCGCGCAUCGACUAUGCUCCCUUGGGUCAGAACCCACCACAUACGCACCCUCGUGCCACUGAGAUCCUCACGGUGCUCGAGGGGACACUCUAUGUUGGCUUUGUCACAUCCAACCAGCCCGCCCCCAACAGAAACAAGUUCCUCUCCAAGUUGCUCCACAAAGGUGAUGUGUUUGUCUUCCCCGUGGGACUCUUCCACUUCCAAUUCAACCCCAACCCCCACCAGCCCGCUGUUGCAAUUGCCGCGCUCAGCAGCCAGAACCCAGGGGCUAUCACAAUUGCCAAUGCGGUGUUUGGGUCGGACCCACCAAUAUCAGAUGAUGUUCUUGCCGAGGCAUUUCAGGUGGAAAAGAAUACAAUAGACUAUCUGCAGGCUCAAUUUUGGGAGAACAACCACAACUAAGUCAGACAUUUGUUGAUAAACGGAAGAUUAUCGCAUAAACCAAGGAUUUGGUUGAAUUUCUCAAGCAUCCCUAUCUAUAAAA